CCAAUGCACAUGACUGGAUUUGCUCCCAAUGUCACCGCUCACGCUGCAGACCUUACAACUCACUCACCUGACAUAACCGCUCAUGCUACUGACGUUACAACUCAUUCACCUGACGUGACCGCUCAUGCUACUGACGUUACAACUCAUUCUCCUGAUGUAACCGCUCAUACAGCUGACCUUACGACUCCUUCCCCUGACUUAACUGCUCACUCUGCUGACAUUACAACUCAUUCUCCUGAUCAUGUUGUGCCGAGGCUGGCCAAUAUGGGGCCGGCCAACAAGGGGCCGGCCAACAAGAGAUGGAGUAUGGGCAGAGGUCAGCAUCUACUCAAUCUCAGGAGAAACCGAGUCAAGGGGUGCAGGAGUACCAACUGCCUUCGUUCAAAGCGUACUUGCAGCAGUGCUACCAGCCGCCACAACAGCAACUGCAGCAGCAAACUGGCUGCUUGGUGGGUGGUGGGGGAAGCAGCAACGGCCGUACCAUCAGCUGCCGAGGCUAUACAGUGGAGUUUGACACGGAACAGUGCAGCCUGUUUUCUGUACCCCCUAUAAGCAGGUUUGACAGUAGCAGUGCUUGCGGCACCAACACCAGCAAGAUGCAGUCUGAUGGUAGGAGCAGCAGGCUCUCGACUUACUGUAGCAGCACCAGCAGCAUCUCCCUCAACUGUGCAAUCGACUCUGCACUGACAAUGGUGUCAUUAUCAACAGCCGCACGAUUGGCCCUAUUAACCGGGUAAACCGUAUUAACAAGAUUAAUGGGGUUAAUUGGACUGACCAGAGCCACCCUACGGACCCUAUAGACGGGCACAACAGCAUGGUGAGCAGUGGCAGCAGCAUGAGCAUCGUAAGUAACAUAAGCAGCAUCAAUGGCUGCUUCAUGGAUCCAUGGCCGGAUACCUACACAGCAGCCAUCGGACAGCACCUGGAAGCUCCCUCUGCUGCUGGUGUGUGCCUAGAUGACCUGUACUUGGUACCAGAUGACGUCACCAAGGGCAGAGAGAGAGAGAGAGAGAGAGAGAGAGAGAGAGAGAGAGAGAGAGAGAGAGAGAGAGAGAGAGAGAGAGAGAGAGAGAGAGAGAGAGAGAGAGAGAGAGAGAGAGAGAGAGAGAGCGAGAGAGAGAGAGAGAGAGAGAGAGAGAGAGAGCGAGAGAGAGAGAGAGAGAGAGAGAGAGAGCAUGACCCAAGGCUGGGCGUGCUGGAACCACAUCCACUGCAACAGCAGCAGCAGCAGUACCAACAGCAGCAGCAGCAGCAGCAGCAGCAGCAGCAGCAGCAGCAGCAGCAACAGCAGCAUCAGCAGCAGCAGCAGCAGCAGCAGCAGCAGCAGCAGCAGCAGCAGCAGCAGCAGCAGCAGCAGCAGCAGCAGCAGCAGCAGCAGCAGCAUCAGGAUCAGCAGUAUCAGCAGUGUCAGCAGCAUCAGCAGCAUCAGCAGAAGCAGCAUCAGCAGCAUCAGCAGCAGCAGCAUCAGCAGCAUCAGCAGCAUCAGCAGCAGCAGCAUCAGCAGCAUCAGCAGCAUCAGCAUCGGCAGCAUCAGCAGCAUCAGCAUCAGCAGCAUCAGCAGCAGCAGCAUCAGCAGCAUCAGCAGCAGCAGCAUCAGCAGCAUCAUCAGCAGCAUCAGGAGCAGCCCCAGCAACAAUACCAGCACCAGCAUCAUCAGCACUUGCAGCGGCAGAGAGAGAGAGAGAGAGAGAGAGAGAGAGAGAGAGAGAGAGAGAGAGAGAGAGAGAGAGAGAGAGCGAGAGAGAGAGAGAGAGAGAGAGAGAGAGAGAGAGAGAGAGAGAGAGAGAGAGAGAGAGAGAGAGAGAGAGAGAGAGAGAGAGAGAGCGAGAGAGAGAGAGAGAGAGAGAGAGAGAGCAUGAGAAUCGGCCCUACAAAUUCGGCUAGCAAGGAAUCAAGGGUGGGGGGGGGGGGGGGGGGGGGGGGGGGGGGGGGGGGGGGGGGGGGGGGGGGGGGGGGGGGGGGGGGGGGGGGGGGGGGGGGGGGGGGGGGGGGGGGGGGGGGGGGGGGGGGGGGGGGGGGGGGGGGGGGGGGGGGGGGGGGGGGGGGGGGGAGUUUGGGGGGUGGGUUGGGCCCAAGGCUGGGCGUGCUGGAACCACAUCCACUGCAACAGCAGCAGCAGCAGUACCAACAGCAGCAGCAGCAGCAGCAGCAGCAGCAGCAGCAGCAGCAGCAGCAGCAACAGCAGCAUCAGCAGCAGCAGCAGCAGCAGCAGCAGCAGCAGCAGCAGCAGCAGCAGCAGCAGCAGCAGCAGCAUCAGGAUCAGCAGUAUCAGCAGUGUCAGCAGCAUCAGCAGCAUCAGCAGAAGCAGCAUCAGCAGCAUCAGCAGCAGCAGCAUCAGCAGCAUCAGCAGCAUCAGCAGCAGCAGCAUCAGCAGCAUCAGCAGCAUCAGCAUCGGCAGCAUCAGCAGCAUCAGCAUCAGCAGCAUCAGCAGCAGCAGCAUCAGCAGCAUCAGCAGCAGCAGCAUCAGCAGCAUCAUCAGCAGCAUCAGGAGCAGCCCCAGCAACAAUACCAGCACCAGCAUCAUCAGCACUUGCAGCGGCAGCAUGUUGUGCCGAGGCUGGCCAAUAUGGGGCCGGCCAACAAGGGGCCGGCCAACAAGAGAUGGAGUAUGGGCAGAGAUGACCUGUACUUGGUACCAGAUGACGUCACCAAGGUCCCGGGCGGCAUCGGCAACAUGAGGGAGUGCCAAGUCAUCAUAGGUGGAGAGGGCAGAGAGAGAGAGAGAGAGAGAGAGAGAGAGAGAGAGAGAGAGAGAGAGAGAGAGAGAGAGAGAGAGCGAGAGAGAGAGAGAGAGAGAGAGAGAGAGAGAGAGAGAGAGAGAGAGAGAGAGAGCGAGAGAGAGAGAGAGAGAGAGAGAGAGAGAGAGCGAGAGAGAGAGAGAGAGAGAGAGAGAGAGAGCAUGAGAAUCAAGGGUGGGGGGGGGGGGGGGGGGGGGGGGGGGGGGGGGGGGGGGGGGGGGGGGGGGGGGGGGGGGGGGGGGGGGGGGGGGGGGGGGGGGGGGGGGGGGGGGGAGUUUGGGG